ACUCACCACGAAUUCAAGGUGGCGGCGAGGAACCCGGCAGUCACGGCGGUUGCCACCGUCAGGCGUUCAUCUUCCCUUCGGAAUGUCUCUAAAAGGAAGAAGGGUUCCGGUACUGUCCGAAGAACGAGCAGUUUUAGUUUGCUUGCAAGACCAAGUAAACCAGGAGAUCGCCUUACAGUGGAAACUUUGCAGGCGUUAUCUCCCUUUGAUGUAACCGGAAAUGAUGUUGUUUCAGGAGCUGCGCGAGCUCUUCUUCUGAACAAAGUGAAAAUGGAGAAACACGUGCAUGAUCUUUUCUUUCCUCACGAGACAAAUGAUCCGCUAUUGGAUAAUUUUGACACUCGGGGAUUUCCGGUAGACAAACUCGGAACUGCUCUUGUGGCACAGGCUAUUUCUAUUAACAAAGACGAUCACAAGUUUCACUCUAUGAUUGAUAAGCGCGCCCUGGCGGACGUUCUUGAAGAACUAUACAACAGCCUUCAUUGGAAGAAACUAGGGUUUUGCCUAUAUACAUUGCUGUACCCAGAUGAAGUGCGGAACGAUGUCUUAGGGAUUUGUCUCCGUGACUUUAUCGAGGAUCGAGGUCACGUUUGGGCGGAGAAAUUGCUCUCGCACAUCAUGGAACCCCGGUGGACGGCGAUGUGGCAAUACAAGAUCGUGCGAGGCCAGACUUCAGAAGAGAAAUAUAACCGCGAGAUGAACGCUCUCUUUGUUAAGCUACAUCUACUGGACCCACAGUCCGUUAUACCCGCCUAUCAGUUCUUACUCAAUCAACGAGCUUUGCCAACCGUAAACUUAGAGUUAGCUACCCGGAACUACCUUGGGGAUGCCAUAGAUUGUGCGGAGAUAGAGGAAGAAGUGCUGGACGCCAUAACGAGGUCGAGCAUGCCUAUUAAUGUGUCCAGAUUGAGUCUAUCGGACAUCGAAAUAUUCUACGGUGUGGAAGUGGACGAAUUUAUUGUGACGUGGUGUCGGAACAUUGGUGUGUGGAGCGGAAACAGGGCGGACAAUAGUCGAACAUCGAAACCACGUGACAGAUGUUGUGUAAUGUGAUCUCGCGUACCACGUGAUUUUUACAGGACACGUCAUUACCUAAAGUAUUCUUUAUUUUAUCAGAACAAAAACCUUUAUUUGUUCGCAUAUGAUGUCAUAAACGUUCACACUGUUUUGUAAUGUAUAUAGUCACAUAAACACAUUGUGGAA